AUGACUGACAACAACGCUCCGGAUCUGUCCAUCUUGGGUGAUCGCCUAACAUUACACCCACCUGGUGUGGUGCAGGACCAAGAAACUCCUCUCUUGACUUCAUACGCUCGCUUCCGUUCCGCUCCUCUGGACUUUCUACGAGAAGUCAGUCUGCAUGUUUCCGGUACUGGAUGGCGCUCCUACGACAACUUCAUUGGUCGCAAUAUCUUCUACAAUGGCUUCAGUGACCACAUCAAAGCUUUGGUCCUGAAGAACCCGAGGCUGCAGUCCAAGAUAUCUGAGCUGGCUCACAAAAGAAUCAAUGUUGAACUGGCUGAAGGGACCCUUGCAAACCACAAGAUCGAGGAAAGACGCAGAGAAAUGGAGGCUCAACUGAUUCAGGUUGCCGAUUCAUGGACUGACCAGAUGAUUUGCAAAAUGGACAGUAGGAGAUUCAUUCGUGGCGCUUACUACUUUGCCACCCAACUUCUUACUCGAGCUUACCAUCAGGGAAUUCACGUAUCUAGUGAGGAGGUCUUACGUCUCCGAAAGGUCGCCCAGGAAGCAGAGAAGAAGAAACAAUCCAUCAUCUUUCUACCGUGUCAUCGAUCACACGUAGACUAUGUCUCGCUACAGCUGAUAUGCUAUCGUCUGGGUCUUGCUUUACCCAUUGUAGUGGCUGGCGACAAUCUCAACUUUCCUGGAGUGGGCUAUUUCUUGCAGCACGCAGGUGCGAUGUGGAUUCGACGCAGUUUUGGAGACGAUGCGUUAUAUACAACACUCGUCCAAGCAUAUCUAGAUACAUUGUUGCAAGAAGGUCAUAACUUCGAGUGCUUCGUUGAGGGAGGCCGUUCACGUACAGGAAAGCUCUUGCAACCUAAAUUCGGCAUCCUCAGUUUUCUCCUCGAAAGUGUACUGUCUGGUCAGGUAGAAGAUGCUGUUAUCUGUCCUGUGAGUACACAAUAUGACAAGGUCAUCGAGGUUGACUCGUACAUCUCCGAACUUCUGGGUCAACCAAAACCCAAAGAGUCAUUGGGCAACUUCUUAUCCUCCUCAUCUGUCUUGUCUCUCAAACUUGGCCGUGUGGAUGUCCGUUUUCAUGAGCCUUGGAGCCUCCGUGAUUUUGUCAACGAGCAGAGAGUCCGACUGACAACAUUGCCACCUCGCAUCAAGACUCCUGAAGAUGCUGCUCUCAAGCGUCGCCUUCUGACUACCCUUGGCUACAAAGUUCUCUCAGACAUCAACGCGGUCUCCGUUGUCAUGCCCACUGCCCUGGUCGGUACUGUCCUUCUCACUCUUCGAGGACGAGGAGCCGGCAAGUCUGAACUGGUUCGUCGUGUUGAUUGGUUGACAGAAAGAGUCAAGAAGCAAGGUGGUCGUAUCGCACAUUUCUCUGGCCUUCCGACUACAAUUGUUGUAGAGCGUGCUCUUGAAGUGCUUGGACCGAACUUGGUCGGAGAGUACAAGAACUUACCCGAAAAGACAUAUUUCGCUGCAGAUCGAUUCCAGCUCAGUUUCUAUCGCAACAUGACCAUCCAUCUGUUCGUAUCGGAGGCACUGGUCAGCGCUGCGCUGUACACCAAAGUCAAGAUGGGUGGAGGUCCAGAAAAUCAAAGCAUUUCAUACACAGCUCUAUACGAUUAUGUUUAUUUCCUGUCGCAGCUGUUCCGUGGCGAAUUUAUCUUCCCAACGACACCCCUGGCAGAGAACCUUAGCAACACAUUGGCCGGUCUGGAACUGGACGACAUCAUAUCCAUCAAGCAAUCCGAGGACAACAACGACACGAUCAAAUCGAUAUCUCUCUCCGAAUCAGAACGUCUGAAUGGGAGAGAGAACUACGACUUCUACUGCUUCUUGAUCUGGCCGUUCAUUGAAGCCAGCUGGCUGGGCGCCAUAAGUCUUUUGAUGCUCACACCUCCUUCGGCCAAUGUCUCACAACAGACCUCGCUACCACUGAACGCCGUAGUUACUCAAGCACAACGACUAGGCAAGACUCUUUACGCACAAGGCGAUAUCUCAUAUCUCGAAGCUGUCAAUCGCGAAACACUUCGAAAUGCAUACACGAGAUUUGCAGAGAGCGGCAUCAUUUCCAUUACUCCACCAUCGAAGGACGGCAAGAUCCCUGCUGCCGUACAUCUCACAUCUGAGUGGAUGCCCAAGAGAGCAGAAAACGGAUAUAUCGAAGCGCAAGGAAAGCUUUGGGAAUAUUGCGAGAGCAUUAGCAAGGCAAGAAGAGAAGGCAAGAACCGUCGUGAUGGUAUGACAGUGGUGAGAAGGAUAUUCGGGCUGGUGGAAUUGGUGGGAGCUGGGUUGUGGAGGGAUGUUGAGCCUGCUAGAGUGGCUGUGUCUGUUAAAGGAGAUGCAGAGUGGAAAGCUAAGAGGAGGGAGAUUAGAACUGCGCCGAAGCUCUGA